AUGGAGGAGCCAUGCACCAGGCGCUCCAGCACAUGGCUCAUGGGGGAAGCGUCGGGGGUGCAAGGCCAGGAGCGGUCCAUUGAUCCAGGGCAGCAGUUCACUUGGGAGAACUCCAACCUGGAAGUGAAUAAACCGAAAAAUCGCUACGCAAAUGUGAUCGCCUAUGACCACUCACGUGUCAUCCUGACCUCCAUAGAUGGGGUCCCAGGCAGUGAUUACAUCAAUGCCAAUUACAUCGAUGGGUAUCGGAAGCAGAACGCCUACAUUGCCACGCAGGGACCUCUGCCAGAAACCCUCAGCGACUUCUGGAGGAUGGUGUGGGAACAGAGAACAGCAACUAUAGUCAUGAUGACCAGGCUGGAGGAGAAGUCCAGGGUACAGUGUGGUGAUCAGUACUGGCCAAGCCGGGGUACGGAAACCUACGGGAUGAUCCAGGUGACCCUCCUGGACACGGUGGAACUGGCGACCUACACUGUCCGCACCUUUGCGCUGUACAAGAACGGCUCCAGUGAGAAGCGAGAGCUGCGGCAGUUCCAGUUCAUGGCUUGGCCUGAUCACGGGGUACCAGAAUACCCCACCCCAAUCCUAGCUUUCCUGCGACGGGUCAAGGCCUGUAACCCACCAGAUGCUGGGCCCAUGGUUGUCCAUUGCAGCGCCGGCGUGGGCCGAACCGGUUGCUUCAUUGUCAUUGAUGCCAUGCUGGAGCGGAUGAAGCACGAGAAGACCGUGGACAUCUACGGCCACGUGACGUGCAUGCGCUCGCAGCGCAACUACAUGGUGCAGACAGAGGACCAGUACAUCUUCAUCCACGAGGCCUUGCUGGAGGCAGCCACAUGUGGCAACACCGAGGUGCCUGCACGCAACCUCUUCGCUCACAUCCAGAAGCUGACCCAGGUGCCACCAGGCGAGAGCGUUACUGCAAUGGAGCUGGAAUUCAAGCUGCUGGCCAACUCUAAAGCACAUACCUCACGUUUCAUCAGUGCCAACCUCCCAUGCAACAAAUUCAAGAACCGUCUCGUGAACAUCAUGCCGUACGAGCUGACGAGAGUCUGCCUGCAGCCCAUCCGGGGCGUGGAGGGCUCUGACUACAUCAACGCCAGCUUCAUAGAUGGGUACAGGCAGCAGAAGGCCUACAUCGCCACACAGGGACCACUGGCCGAGACCACAGAGGAUUUCUGGCGGAUGCUCUGGGAGCACAACUCCACCAUCGUGGUGAUGUUGACAAAGCUGCGUGAGAUGGGCCGAGAGAAGUGCCAUCAGUACUGGCCCGCGGAGCGCUCUGCCCGGUACCAGUACUUCGUGGUGGACCCCAUGGCAGAGUACAACAUGCCACAGUACAUCCUCCGGGAGUUCAAGGUGACGGAUGCCAGGGACGGCCAGUCACGGACCAUCCGCCAGUUUCAGUUCACAGACUGGCCUGAGCAGGGAGUGCCAAAGACGGGAGAGGGCUUCAUUGACUUCAUUGGGCAGGUGCACAAGACCAAGGAGCAGUUUGGGCAGGAUGGGCCCAUCACGGUGCACUGCAGCGCUGGGGUCGGGCGCACGGGCGUGUUCAUCACACUCAGCAUUGUGCUGGAGAGGAUGCGCUACGAGGGGGUGGUGGACAUGUUCCAGACAGUGAAGACCUUGCGGACGCAGCGGCCAGCCAUGGUGCAGACAGAGGACCAGUACCAGCUGUGCUACAGAGCGGCACUGGAGUAUCUCGGCAGCUUCGACCACUAUGCAACGUAACUAGUGCUUUCCUCCAGUCGCGGUGGGGAUGUCUAGGAGUGGAGACGGGCCCCUCUGAGACAGAGCCGCCCAUUCCUUAGUCUUUCUGUACAGAUGGAGGUGCUGCCCAGGCAGCAGACCUCCACGCCAACCAGUUUUGACCACGGCAUUUAGGAACUUCGCCCCAGCGCCGAACAAGGGAAUCCGACUCCAGAAGCAUUUCCAGUCUCUGGCUGAAUUUCUGCUCAUGUGCAUCUCUCGCCCUCUCUCACGCGACUGCAUUUCACAGCGAGGCUUUAGGUGGGUAGAAUGGGAUCUUUUUUAAAACAUGUAAAAUAGUUACUAGUGGUUUUUAUAAUCUCCUC